GGGAGCUCCCCCGUGCUGGGGACAGCCAGGCUGGAAGUCCCAGGAGGAGGAGGGGAGGGAGGAGCUCGGGGGCUGGGCUUGGGGAAAGGGGUCGCUCCGUGGCCUCCCGGAUGGGGGGUGCCGCUUGCCUGAGCGCCCCGCGAGCGCUCGUACUCUGGGCCGCACUGGGGGCGGCAGCUCACAUUGGACCGGCACCUGACCCCGAAGACUGGUGGAGCUACAAGGAAAACCUCCAGGGGAACUUCGUGCCAGGGCCUCCCUUUUGGGGCUUGGUGAACGCUGCCUGGAGCCUGUGUGCAGUGGGAAAGCGGCAGAGCCCGGUGGAUGUGGACUUGAAGCGGGUGCUUUACGACCCCUUUUUGCCCCCGCUCAGGCUCAGCACCGGGGGAGAGAAGCUCCGGGGAACCUUGUACAACACCGGCCGCCAUGUCUCCUUCCUCCCUGCAUCCCGGCCUGUGGUCAACGUGUCAGGGGGUCCUCUCCUUUAUAGCCACCGACUCAGCGAACUGCGGCUGCUGUUUGGAGCUCGAGACGGAGCUGGCUCUGAACACCAGAUCAACCACCAGGGCUUCUCUGCUGAGGUACAGCUCAUUCACUUCAACCAAGAACUCUACGGGAAUCUCAGUGCUGCCUCCCGGGGCCCCAACGGACUGGCCAUCCUCAGCCUCUUUGUCAAUGUGGCCGAGAGCUCAAACCCAUUCCUCAGUCGCCUCCUCAACCGGGACACCAUCACCCGCAUCUCCUACAAGAAUGAUGCAUACUUUCUCCAAGACCUGAGCCCGGAGCUCCUUUUCCCUGAGUCCUUCGGCUUUAUUACCUAUCAGGGCUCUCUCAGUACCCCUCCCUGCUCAGAGACUGUCACCUGGAUCCUCAUUGAUCGAGCCCUCAAUAUCACCUCUCUCCAGAUGCACUCUCUGAGACUUCUGAGCCAGAACCCUCCUUCCCAGAUCUUCCAGAGCCUCAGCGGUAACGGCCGGCCCCUGCAGCCCUUGGCUCACAGGGCCUUGAGGGGCAACAGGGACCCCCGGCACCCGGAGAGGCGCUGCCGAGGCCCCAACUAUCGCCUGCAUGUGGACAGUGCCCCCCAUGGUCGCUGAGACUCCCAGAUGAGGACUGCGCCCGCCCGAGCCAAGCCUCCCUAUACUAGGGGACGGGAGUUACCCCGAAACAAAGCUAUUAAAGGGACAGAAUGCUUCGUG